AUGUCGCAAACAAUAGGCAAGACCCGUCUUGCCUACUCUCGAACAUGGCACUAUAUCGAUGUAGGCUCCGAUUCUCGCUCUCUCGGUCGGAUAGCCUCCUCCAUCGCCGUUUUUCUCAUGGGCAAGCAUAAACCCAUCUACGACCCCUCUACCGACUGCGGCGACUACGUUGUUGCUUGUGGGUGCCACGACAUACAUGUUACAGGCAAGAAACGCCAACAAAAGCAAUACUACACCCACAAUACGCGCCCGGGUUCCUUAAAACAGAUGAGCAUGGAGAGGAUGAUUGAGAAGUGGGGUGGCGGAGAGGUGUUGAAGAAAGCCGUAAGGGGUAUGCUACCAAAGAACCGGCUGAGGGAUAAACGGCUGGCAAGGUUGAAAGUUUUCGAAGGCACCAACCAUCCCUACAAGGCCAAUAUUGUGAAGUUUGCAGGGAAGCCAUUCACAGGCGGCGAGCCAGGGCCUGUCAUGCAAGCCAUUGCAGCGAACCAGGAGACGAAAGCGAGCUCAUAA